UUUUGAUAAUAUCACUGUCUUUUUUCCAUUCUCUACAAAAGUUUGUUUGAAUGAAUUUUUUUUAAAUGGACUUGUAGUCAUAAAACCUUAAUUAAUAUUCCCUGACAGUUGGCCUUCCUACAAUUUUGCAACUUGGACUGUUCAUCUUUAAGAGCUUGGUUUUUCAAUGCUGGUGUGUUUGAAAUGGGUUUGAGGUUUUGUGGUUGCUGUUGAUGCUCUGCGGAACUUAGAGCCCUUCAGCUUCCUUUUGUUUGGUGAACCGGCCAGGCCUUGUGAGCAUAAACAGACCGUAGAAGUACCCAAGCGGCGUUGAUAUUAGAAGAGAAUCCUCUUUGGAAGUGAGACAGGUGGUCCAUCUCUGCAGCAAUCUCGGAGAACUCUGGCUUUUCUAGGUUCUGUGGAUACAAAGGAAAAUGUAAUUCUUCCCUGGUCAGUCUUGUUUGGAAGGAAGAAGUCUAACUGAGAAUUAUGGUCUGUGUGAUAAGUGCCCUAAUAGAGGUAACUUCUGAAGUAUGGCUGACCACAAUAAUUCCUCCUGCAAUCCUAUACUGACACCCUAUUUAACUGGGCUCUACUGCAUAGUGCUCAUUGGAGGACUGGUGGGCAUCAUCUCCAUUUUGUUCCUGCUGGUGAAAAUGAACACCCGGUCUAUGACCACCACAGCAGUUAUUAACCUGGUAGUGGUCCACAGUGUUUUUCUGCUGACGGUGCCUUUUCGCUUGGCCUAUCUCAUCAAGCAAACUUGGACAUUUGGAUUGCCCUUCUGCAAAUUUGUGAGCGCCAUGCUGCAUAUCCACAUGUAUCUCACAUUCCUGUUCUAUGUGGUGAUCCUGGUCAUCAGGUACCUCAUUUUCUUCAAGUGCAAAGACAAAGUGGAAUUCUACAGAAAACUGCAUGCUGUGGCUGCCAGUACCGGACUGUGGCUACUGGUGAUUGUCAUUGUGGUGCCCCUGGUUGUUUUCCAGUAUGGAACUCGUGAGAUGUAUGAUGAGCAAAACUGCUUUGUAUUCCACAAAGAACUUAAUCGUGUAUAUGCUCAAGUCAUCAACUAUAUGAUAGUCACUAUUGUCAUAGCUAUUGUGGUGAUUCUCUUGGUCUUCCAGAUUUUCAUCAUCAUGUCGAUGGUACGGAAGCUACACCACUCCUUACUAUCCCACCAGGAGUUCUGGGCUCAACUGAAAAACCUAUUUUUUAUAGGGGUCAUCCUUAUUUGCUUCCUUCCCUACCAUUUCUUUAGGAUCUAUUACUUGCAUGCUGUGGCACGCUCAAAUGACUGUAACGACAAUGUCAUAUUUUAUAAUGAAAUCUUCCUGAGUGUAACAGCGAUUAGCUGCUUUGAUUUGCUGCUCUUUGUUCUUGGGGGAAGCCAUUGGUUUAAGCAAAAGAUAAUUGACCUGUGGAAUUGCCUUUUGUGCCGUUAGCCACAGACUACGGUAUUCAGAAUUACUUGCUUUAUGUUGGGAGUGAAAAUGGGCACAGGGAAGUAGGAAUGGUUAUUUCAUUGCUUGUUAAAACUAUGCCUUGACGCAGCCGAACAAAAGGACUAUAAAAUGUCAGAGCAUUCAUUCCAGUUCUUAUUUAAUCCCCACCAUCUCGAAAUGAUUCCCAUGCAAAGACUAGUGAUUUUAAAUCCACCUGCAGUUGCAAUACUGCAUUAUUUUCCAACACAAAGUGUCUACUUGGCCCAUCUGGGAACCAUGGGUCUAAUGGUUUCUAGUUUUAUGAGCUUGUUUUAGUUUCCUCAAUUUGGAACAUGGUAUUUUCUUAAGCUUAGGACUGGACUCAGCCCUCUAGUUCUUUUCAUUCCACUCAAACUUAGGUAAGUUAAUCCUGACCAUGAUUCAGCUCCAAAGACAUAAACUCCACUUGGCUAACCAGGUAAGAUGCCCACUCAACUCACACUCUGACAAAAAACAGAUUGGGGGGAGAAUGGUAAGAAAAUUUUGCAUAUUACCAUAACUUUGGUGGAAAUUCACUUAUCUAGAAAUCAAGGGAAACAGAAAUCUUCAUGGCCUUCUGCUAUAACGAGACUAUCUAGAUUUGUCCUUUGAAAGGUCAAGUUUAAGGGCAUGGGAUCAGCUCCCUCAAUAGCUCCAAAAACGAUUUAAAAGCUUACUGAACAUAUUUAAAUAAUGGUGAAACUGAAACUUAGAGAAUAUUCCUGUCCAAUAUGCUGCUAGGCAUUAAAAUGAGUUCCCAAGGGAAGUGAAUAAAAUUUUUUCCUUUUCUGUUUUUUGAAGAAUUGCUAGAUGUCUUGGGUCACAGUUAAUUUAGAUUUUCCUUUAAGAAAGUUAUACUGAAAUCUUUAGCAUUCCCUUCCACACUUAAAGUUAUUUGUUUUCAAAUAAAUGAAGACAAUAUUCUUAAAAAAAGAGCUUUUGAGAAAUACAUAGAAAAAUUAUUAAUUUAGACUAUGAGAUUAGGAUGCUAAGUUGUUAUAUAGGCUUGUGGCUCUUUUUCCCUCCUGCCCAUAUUUCUACUGUUUCCUUCCAAGUGUUAUAAUCUUGAAACUUUCCAAGAAACCGAUCCAGUUUCAUAUUUAAUGCUUCAGAAAACCUGAAGCAAUUCAUGAUAGGAAUAGAAGAACCAAAUGAAUCAAGGUAAAUUUUUUUUUUUUCCCAGCAAGGUAAAUGUUCAGGAUUUAAAGAUUUUUCCUAAUUUUUUAUACUCUAUGGCUCCACAAGUUAAUCAGAUGACUAAGAAAUACCCCUGUGAGUUUCUACGAUCAUUAAAAUUACUGAGUCAUAGAAAUUAAUUUUGAGGAUGAAAAAGCAGCAACAUACUGCACAUAUGAUUUGUUCUGCAAUUUUUUCCUGUUUUAAAUUUUCUUUUAUCUGUCCUUUUUUCUUUUUGUAAGCUACAUUUCUUUUAUUUCUUAUUUGUCUUCUUCCCCCAUUUUUUCUUAGUUUUUUCUUUCUCACUUUGACUCAUAAUAUUUGUAAGAAAAUUUCUGACUCAUAAAAGCUUUAAGAAAAUUUGUAACACCCGUAAAAUUUGUAAGAAAAUAACUAUAGUAAAAUGUUAAAAAUUUAAAAACAUUAUUUAUGGGAAUUACAUCAAGUUUCUCUUCUUAUAUAUCUACAUCUUACUAUCAUAACAUCUGUUAGCUUAUAGAUUGUAUUACAAUCUCUUCCAGAUUUUAAAUAUGUUGAGGACAGGUAAUUGUGCUUUUCUCUGUAUUAUUGUAUAUUAUAAUAAAGGACUUAUUUCUGUGGACCUAUAAGAAAUAUUAUCCCAAAUAUAG